CGUGAAUCAUUUGUGUUGUUGUUGGUCGCGGUAAGAUGGCGGCGCUCGGGGAUGGAUCAGCUCCGGCGGUGAAUGGGUUAAUACAACAAUUCACAGCGAUUACAGGUGCCACAGAGAGUGUGGGGAAGCAUAUGCUAGAAGCAUGCAACAACAAUCUAGAAAUGGCAGUGUCCAUGUUCCUGGACGGAGGGGGGAUCGCAGAGGAGCCCAGCACCAGCUCCAGUUCAGCAGGGGCCUCCAGCAGCAGAGCUCCCCCCGCAGAUGACGAAGUGCGGGCGCCCAUCCCUCAGAAGCAGGACAUACUGGUGGAGCCAGAGCCUAUGUUUGGAGCGCCAAAACGACGAAGACCUGCCCGGUCCAUAUUUGACGGUUUUAGGGACUUCCAAACAGAAACCAUCCGCCAGGAGCAGGAGCUAAGGAACGGCAGUGCGGUGGACAAGAAGCUCAGCACCCUGGCGGAUCUGUUCCGGCCCCCCGUCGAGCUCAUGCACAAAGGCAGCUUCGAGACGGCGAAGGACUGUGGUCAGCUGGAGAACAAGUGGCUGAUGAUCAACAUCCAGAAUGUGCAGGACUUUGCCUGCCAGUGUCUCAACAGAGACGUGUGGAGCAACGACGCGGUCCGGACCAUCAUCAGGGAGCACUUCAUAUUCUGGCAGGUAUACCAUGACAGUGAAGAGGGACAGAGGUAUAUCCAGUUCUACAAGCUCAAUAAGUUUCCCUAUAUCUCCAUUUUGGACCCCCGCACAGGUCAGAAGAUGGUGGAGUGGAACCAGUUGGAUGUCGGGUCGUUUCUGGAACAGGUGACAGGCUUUCUGACGGAACACGGCCAGCUAGACGGCCCGGCGUCCAGCCACCCGCCCCUGGCCAAACGGGCCCGCUCCGAAAGUCUGAUAGACGCCAGUGAGGACAGCCAGUUGGAGGCAGCCAUCAAAGCGUCUCUCCAGGAGACCCACUAUGAGUCCUCCUCCGCCCCCGACCUCCCCAACUCCCCCCGCUCUGUAGAUGCAGACUCGGACGGAGACUCGGACGCGGAGCCCUUCUCUGACAGCGAGGGCCACAUCUCCGUCGACGGCUCGGACAACGAGACAACAGAACCCCAGGAGGGCAGCUCCUGCUCCACGGGUGGACACACCCCUCCUGGACCAGCCCCUCCCACAUCUGCAGCUGUAGCCCCCCAGCCCCCGCCACGGCCGGACAGCCCUCCCGCCCGUCACAGGAAGUCCCCUCACAAAGAGAACAGCCACAGGAAAGAGGAGAGCAAAAAGAACCACCUGGAGCCUCCGGUGGCCGCCCCGGCCCGCUCCCAGGCCGCCCCAGAUUCAGAGCAUCGUUCUGGGGAGAACCAUCGCACCUCAAUGGGCCAAAGCUCCAAAUCUGUUAAGACGGAAACCUCAGACAUCGACUGCCUUCAUGACAAUGGUCCCAAGGCCAGACUGAUGCUGCGCUACCCAGACGGACAGAGAGAGCAUAUCGCCCUGUCGUCCAAGGCCAAGCUUAUGGCUCUGGUUAGACAUGUCCAGUCGAAGGGUUACCCCAACGAACGCUUCGAGCUCGUCACCAACUUCCCCCGACGGAAGCUGGCCCACUUGGACUAUGACAUCACACUGCAGGAGGCAGGGCUUUGUCCACAGGAGACUGUAUUUGUGCAGGAGAGGAACUAAGCCAUGCAUUUUCUAUCUUCAGACCACGCCCAUAUCACCAGUGACCCGGGAGGACAUUACAGGCUGCUACCCCUGAGCUUUUGUUCUUUUGGAAUUAGACCAUGCCCCUAUUUGGGGACGCCAAACUGUGGAUGGACUUCAUUACCCAUCAUUCCACUGGGAAGAAGUGACUGGCCUGUGUACUCUUUUUAGUAGGCAUUGUUGUUCAUCUUCAAUUACCGAAUGGAUUCUAUUCUGAUUUUAGUUUUAUUCGGAGGUAAUAAACCAAUCGGAGUAGAACACAUUAAUGAUACUGUUAGAAAUAAGCUGAGGCCCCCAAUAAUGAUCAGAGCUGGCAUCAGUUGGCUCAGGAAGACUUUACAGACUAUUAUCCCCCUGAAGGAUGUCAAAAGUCAGAUAUUUUUUUGAAGUUAAUACUUAUUUUUUGAUUCAUGAACACUUACCGCCAGGUAAAGGAGGGACUUGAACUCUGACCUUGAGCUCCGAUUUGUUCCCAAAUUUGCUCUUCUACAUGUUGAUUGGGUGAGGAGGUGACUUUGAAUACAGGAAUCGAUGGAGAGGGGUGGAGGGUCGUUCAAGGGAUUUUUUUGGGGGUGUGGGGUCCUCAACUGUCAACCUGCACUACAGGAGUGGUGUAGCGAUUGACAUUUAGUCUUAGUCGGUAUAUAUAUAUAUUUUUCUUUUUUUAUAUAUAUACUGCCCCAUUUCCAAGAAAAGAUGCUGAAAUAUAAUCAUCAAAACAAAGGGAAA